AUGGCACUUUCAACGACUACCCCGAUACGAUCACGUGCAGUUUCACGCCGCGAUCACGUGUUAAACCUUCUUCCACCGCUGACUGUGGUCAAUAGAGAGGAAGCUACCGCACAUGAUCGUUUGUUCUCAGAUGAUCCACCUCCAAGGAAAUACGCAGCAAAUUUUCCAAGUAAAGUUCUUCGACACCUUGGGGCAUGGACAUUUUAUUCUGCUCCAACAAAAGGAGAAUUAGCUCUACUUGACAAAAGUAUGUAUGAUUUGGACAAGAACAAGGAAAAAUUGGACAGAACAGACGGCGAGGAAAAAAUUGGGAAUAAGAAUACUGAGAAACAUUCCCACUACACCAACGAUAUCAAAAGUGGACCGGAAGUGAGAGGGGGUGAGACUUUAAAGGAGAGGAGAGAAAAAACAAUGAAAGACGCAAAAGAAAAACACAAACAGAAAAGCAAGAUAAAAGAGGAAAAAAAUUCAUCCGUCUCUACACAGUCAACAAAGAAAAUUUCUAGUGUGCAAAACUCCACGGAGAAAACCGUACAAGCAACUGCAGCAAAUAAAGUCAAUAAGGUUGAAGAUGAUAAGAGCACAAUCAAGAAAAAGUCACGUAAAAUUCCAGUGCACAGAAAACAACAAACAACCGCCAAUAGCAAUGGCAAAUUAUUCGAAUCACAUGUCAAAAAUGAGAUUAAUUUGAAAAAGUUACGCGGGAAAGUGCUUGGAGGCGCAGACACUGGUACCGAAGCAAACGUUGAUACGCUUUCAGUGGAAGGGCAUCAUAUGUCUGUACCAGUACACAACGACCAACAAGUUAAAGAGGGGACUGGAAAUAUUGAGAAAUCUGGAAACCUUGAAGGAUCCAUUAAGCAAAAAAGAACUGAGAGGAAACAAAGUAAAUUCAAAAAGAGAAUUAGCAGUUUAAACAGGAGUUCAGAAAUCAGCGAGAGUGAAAACGUUGAUUCUGAGGAAAAGCAGCAGAAAAAAGUGAAGAGAUCUGUCAUUAAAAUCCCGUUGCAAGAAAAUGACAGCUCAGAGGAGGGAGAAAACAACAACAGAACAAUCACACCACUAACAGAUGACGUGAAGCUAAACAACAAAGCUGAUUCUCUCCCAGACUCUGAAGAGCAACUUCAGAAUUUGCCGAAACCGGAAGUGACGUCUGAGAAGCAGUCAUAA